GCUUCGGGUGUCAGCUGGCAGAAGGCUAGUUCCAGGCCUGGUAGCUGAACGGCCGUGGCUCAGAAUCUCUCAGCUAGCUGCAGGGAGAGGUAGAGCGCGGAGCCGACUGGAGGAGCAACCGAAGAACAGAAGCGCUGCGCAGGAUACCAUGAGCCCUGCUUUAUCUCUAACUGCCUGUGUAUGUGAGGUUCCUUGAACUCCUCCCCACCUUACACGGGCUGGGAUUGCAGAUUUCAGUUCACAUGCUUAUGGCUUCCCCUAAAAUUGCUUCCCUCUCUUGGGGACAAAUGAAAGUUCAAGGCUCUACCUUAACCUAUAAGGAUUGCAAAGUAUGGCCAGGAGGCAGUCGGGCUUGGGAUUGGAGAGAAACAGGAACUGAGCAUUCUCCUGGAGUGCAGCCAGCAGACGUAAAGGAAGUUGCUGAGAAGGGUGUACAGACUCUUGUGAUUGGCAGAGGAAUGAGCGAGGCCUUGAAGGUGCCUCCAUCGACUGUGGAGUACCUCGAGAAACAAGGCAUUGAUGUGCGAGUCCUCCAGACAGAGCAGGCAGUGAAGGAGUACAAUGCCUUGGCUGCCCGGGGGAUAAGGGUAGGAGGUGUCUUCCAUUCCACCUGCUGAUGGAGCCUACAGAGGAGAAUAAACCUCUGGGCAGCAAUGCCUUACCAUCUCCACAUCAGCCUCCUCUGUGUACUUUGGACACAUGUUCAUGUUCUUGGAACAGAUUGAUGGGAGGCUAAGGCAAAGUUCUUGCCCUCCAGGUUGCUUAAAUCAGAAGAGAGAUUUGCUGAUUUUAGUAUUGUACUAUGUGUUCGGUUCAAAGUAUGAGAAAGUUCAUACAAAAAUAAAGGUUGAAGCUUAGAAGCCAACGAGAAAGGUU